GUUGUGUGUGUGUGUGUGAAGUUUGCACGCCGGUCUAUUGGUAUGCACGGAGGGAGAGCGGCGUGCAGUUCGGCCGGCGGAGGGAGUGUGCGGUCCACGGCUCGGCGGCUGUCUGCUCUGCUCGGAUCCCCCAGCAGGCUUCCGCUUCCUCUGCGUGUGAGAAGCCGGAACCCGUCGCCUGUGGCCCCGGGACUGGAGCGGCCGCCAUGGCCGAGAGGCCCCACCGCUCGGCGGCGGGCACCGCGCCCAGACCCGUGCACAUGAACCUGUUCGCCACCUGGGAGAUCGACCGCUCCUCGCCCAGCUGCGUGCCCAGGUUGUUCAGUCUGACCCUGAAGAAGCUCCUGGUGUUGAAGGAGUUGGACAAAGACCUGAGUUCGGUGGUGAUCGCUGUGAAGCUGCAGGGCUCGAAGAGGGUGCUGCGCUCGAACGAGAUCCCACUACUGGCCAGCAGUAUGACUGAGACGGACUUACAGCUGACCUUCUCUCUCCAGUACCCGCACUUCCUGAAGCGCGACGCCAACAAGCUCCAGAUCAUGUUGCAGCGCCGGAAGAGGUACAAGAACCGCACAAUCCUCGGCUACAAGACGCUGGCCGUGGGGCUCAUCAACAUGGCUGAGGUCAUGCAGCACCCCAGUGAGGGGGGCCAGGUACUCGGCCUCCAUAGCAACAUCAAGGAAGCCUCGGUUCUGGUGGCCGAGGUGAGGAUUUAUUCUCUGUCCAGCCAGCCCAUCGACCACGAGACCCCCAAGCUGAAGCUGUCAGAUCGAUCCCCGGACAUCGACAAUUACUCGGAGGAUGAAGACGACAGCUUCUCCUCGGAACAGGAAGUCAGCGAUGACCCAAUUCAUGGCCAGGAUAUAUUCUUCGAAGACGAGGAUAUCGCGAAGCGCAAGAAGCCGAGGAGGAAGCUGCCGAACUCGUCCGGCAUCUCCCGCGCGGGGAUGAGCAACCAGCAAAAUAUUAAGCAGAAGUUUGUGGCGCUGCUCAAGAGAUUCAGGGUCUCUGAUGAGGUGAGUGCCCAGCGUCAUCUUGAUUUUCCCCACGAAAAAUAAGGGGACCUGAUUGCAAGGUGAUUUG